CUUAUAUAAAAUAACCCACAGGGGGACAACAAUUACAAACAGCUGAAGGAAGGAGAGGAUUAAAAGGAAUGGGAUCACCUGUCACUGGGAGUCGAACCCAGGUUACCAGGAACCACCAGCUCAAGAGAGAGAAGUAUCUUUCCGAUCUCAAAACCUGGUGUCCUAACCACUAGACGAUGACAGGAUUCGAUGACCAAGAGUCCAAUCCGACCUACUCGAUCGGGCCGAAUGAUUGUAAGGAUCGACAGCUCUAUUCAAGGAGGCCUCAUGAUGAUUGCUUUAAGAUUAUGGAAGAAUGUCAGCCGCGAGAAUGCCCCGAGAUCUGAGCGGAUGAAGAAGCGGCCCGAUCAUCGAUCCCCACGAAUGUCGGUGACGAACAUACAUACAUAUAAAUAGGGUGAAGAAGUAGAAGAAGAUGUACAACAAGCGGAGACGGGUGUGGAGAUAAGAUGGGAGCCUAGAGCCCGGCUCGGACUGAGCAUCGUGUGCACGGAUCGGUGUACAUACUACUAUAAACAUCCGAACACAAACCGCUCGGGGGUUCUCGACAUAUGUACUUUUUUCCGGGGACAUGUGUAUAUGUAUAUUCUCCUCAACUUACUACUGAUGCCAGAAACGAGAGAAAGAGAAUGACAGAGUUUGGAUGAGAGAGAAGCGGGAAGGUUAAUCCCACUCAUGAGUGUGAUUGAAGUCAUUAAGAGUAAACGAGGCGGACGAGGAAUGGUUAGGAUGAUGGAGAUUAAGACUGAGAUGGUUAGUAUUCGUGGAGGAAGAGGUCGACGGAUGAUGAUGAUGAUGAUGAUGGUGAUGGUGGUGGUGAAGAGAUGCAGCAGCAGCAGCAGGAGGGGUCGGCGAAGAAGACGAGGAGGAGGAAGAGGUCGAGGCGGCGGCGGUGGUCGUCGCGGAUAGUAACAUCGGG